GCCCACUGCUAUUUUCGGGAUCCAGAUUCGAAUUUCUCUUCGAUCAUUUGAUUUGAACUCUGCAUUUCGACGCGUCUCUCGUCUCUCCUGACCUAGCAUCCCCGUCGUUGCCUUCCGUUCAAGCCAUGGCACCAGUCCUCUCGUUGGAGCUGUCGCAGGGCCAUGGCACCGUGCUGCUGGUGGCGGCGGCAACAGUGGUCCUCAACUUUUGGAUGAGCGCAGGCGUGAUGUCAGCACGCAAGAAGUACAAUGUCCAGUACCCGCUCCUGUACGCAUCUGAGUCCCACAAGAACGCCAAGGAGUUUAACUGCGUGCAGAGGGCCCAUCAGAACAGCCUUGAAGUUCUUCCGCUCUUCCUUGUGUUUCUCCUCACCAGCGGCGUUCCGUACCCCUGGACGUCCACUGUUCUUGGGGUCAUCUUCCUGCUCGGUCGCAUUGGCUACUUCCUUGGUUACUCCACUGGCAGGCCCGAGGCUCGCUACAAUGGCGGGUUCUGGAUGAUUGGAUUCCUUGGCCUUGUAGUUACGACCAUCGUGGUUGCCCUUCGAGCCCUUGGUCUCAUCCAAGGAUGAGUGGCGCAGGUUGCACUUAUAAAAUAUUGAUCUUUUUUUCUUACGAGAAAUAUGCGUAUAAAAUUACCUUAAAGAUAUGUGUUUUUUCGUGUGGAAUUGUAAUCUCUGUCCAGCUCGCAGC